AUGACGACUAUGGAGAGCUUGAUUGGGUUGGUUAAUAGGAUACAGAGGGCAUGUACCGUGCUCGGUGACUAUGGCGGUGGAACUGGAGCUAACGCUUUUAAUUCUCUCUGGGAAGCUCUCCCAACCGUCGCCGUCGUCGGUGGUCAGAGCUCUGGGAAAUCUUCUGUUCUUGAGAGCAUAGUUGGGAGAGAUUUCCUUCCUAGAGGAUCCGGUAUCGUUACGAGGCGGCCUUUGGUGUUGCAGCUUCAUAAGACGGAAGCUGGAACAGAGGAGUAUGCAGAGUUCCUCCAUCUUCCCAAGAAGAACUUCACAGAUUUCGCUCUGGUUCGCAAGGAGAUUCAAGAUGAGACAGAUAGAAUCACAGGGAAGAGCAAACAGAUAUCUCCAGUUCCUAUCCACCUCAGCAUUUUCUCUCCUCAUGUUGUGAAUCUGACACUCAUUGAUUUACCCGGUUUAACUAAAGUUGCUGUUGAGGGACAGCCGGAAACAAUUGUUGAGGAUAUCGAAUCCAUGGUUCGCACAUAUGUUGAUAAGCCCAAUUGCAUCAUAUUAGCUAUAUCUCCUGCUAACCAAGACAUAGCUACGUCAGAUGCUAUCAAGCUCGCCAAAGAAGUGGAUCCAACAGGGGAGAGAACAUUUGGUGUUCUUACAAAGUUAGACCUGAUGGACAAAGGAACUAAUGCCCUAGACGUUCUGGAGGGAAGAUCAUACAAGCUGCAACAUCCUUGGGUUGGGAUAGUGAACCGUUCUCAAGCAGAUAUCAACAAGAAUGUUGACAUGAUGCUUGCAAGAAGAAAAGAGCGAGAGUACUUUGACACCAGUCCUGACUAUGGUCACUUAGCCACCAAAAUGGGCUCAGAAUAUCUGGCAAAGCUUCUCUCUAAGCACUUGGAGUCUGUUAUCAAGUCCCGUAUUCCAAGCAUCUUAUCCUUAAUAAACAAAAGCAUCGAGGAACUCGAAAGAGAGCUAGACCGAAUGGGCAGGCCUGUCGCUAUUGAUGCUGGAGCUCAACUAUACACUAUACUGGAGAUGUGCCGUGCAUUCGAUAAGAUAUUCAAGGAGCACCUUGAUGGAGGGCGUCCUGGAGGCGACCGUAUCUAUGGAGUCUUCGACAACCAGCUUCCAGCUGCACUGAAAAAGCUUCCUUUUGAUCGCCAUCUUUCUCUACAAAGCGUCAAGAGAAUCGUCUCUGAAGCAGAUGGCUACCAACCUCACUUGAUUGCUCCAGAACAGGGCUAUCGCCGUCUCAUCGAAGGAGCUUUAGGUUACUUCAGAGGUCCAGCUGAAGCUUCUGUGGAUGCUGUUCACUAUGUCUUAAAAGAGCUAGUGAGGAAGUCGAUUUCAGAAACAGAGGAGCUAAAGCGUUUCCCAUCGCUGCAAGUGGAGCUAGCAGCAGCAGCCAACUCUUCCUUGGAGAAGUUCAGGGAAGAAAGCAAGAAGUCGGUGAUUCGUCUUGUCGACAUGGAAUCUGCGUACCUCACAGCCGAUUUCUUCCGGAAGCUUCCUCAAGAAAUUGAAAGACCAGUAGCAGUCAACAACAGCAAGAACCAAGCGGCUUCUCCUUCUCCGGCGACGCCAGACCUAUACGGAGACGGGCAUUUCAGAAGGAUAGCGUCGAAUGUGUCAGCGUAUGUCACCAUGGUUGCGGACACGCUUCGCAACACUAUUCCAAAGGCUUGUGUUUACUGUCAAGUUAGACAAGCCAAGCUCGCGUUGCUUAACUACUUCUACGCUCAGAUCAGCAAGAGAGAGGGGAAACAGUUGGGACAGUUGUUAGAUGAAGAUCCGGCAUUGAUGGAUAGGAGACUAGAGUGUGCCAAGAGGCUCGAGUUGUAUAAGAAGGCCAGAGAUGAGAUUGAUGCUGUUGCUUGGGUGCGAUGA